AUGACUCUCUGGCGAAGUUUUAAGUUUUUCGAGUCAGAGGUACUGAAGGGCCCACUCUCUCGCAUGGAAAUAACGUGUUGCUGUUAUGGUCACAAGGCUGUCUUUAUUGGCGAUAGUGAGGGGUUUGUAUACGCUGUGGAUCGCAGCAGUAAUACGACGUUGUUGGAAUUCUCCGCAUAUAAGGGUGCUGUCACACACAUGAAACACUUGCGUUCACGCAACGUACUCGUCACUAUUGGCGAUGAUGAUGCACUUAAUACAUGCAUUAUGCGUGUAUGGAAUUUGGAUACUUCUUCCACUGCCACCACCUCAGCCACUGCAGGAGGAGGAGGAGGAGGAGGACAACCAACCUGCAGAGAACACCGUCUCUUUAGCGCGAAACAUCCACCACCCACAAACAGUAUAGUACUGCGCACAAACUACAGUUCAGAGGUGAUGCAGACACUAAAGUUUAAAGGACGUGACUCAGACGUUACCAGCGCUAUCCCUGCAACCGCAUUUCGCACCGUUGUUGUGCAUUUUGAUGUCUCAGAGGAUUUACAGAAUGCUGCAGUGGCGCUUGUUAGUGAUGAGAUUGUUGUGCUGCGCGGUGAUGUGGAGCGUGAUCCUGCCGUUAAAAUACGCCGCAUCCGCAGUAGUGUGGCACGAGGUCCAAUCGCUUUUGUUGGUUUCCCAGGAGCCAAAUUCGCUACUCGAACGACGCAUAGUAUACAACAAGUACUUGGUAUUUCUGUUGGCGGCAGUAGCAGCAAUCAUAAUAAUAAUAAUAAUAAUAAUAAUAAUAAUAAUAAUAAUAAUAACAGUGGUAAUAGCGGUAUCCGAACCUCUGAUGCCUCUGCUGUGCAUGUUAUGUACACCGUCUUUGCGGACGCGGUGACGGUAUGGCAGGUGACAUCUGCGGCUGUCUACACGGAACAUCCAUGCAGUCCACCGUUUGAUGCGGCCUCUGACUGUUGUUGUUGCCUGACAGAUGACGGUCAAUUGAUUGUGGCGAGUGGCACCAGUGAUCAGGUGGCGGUAUUCGGCAGUGAGGCGGUAUUAUCACCAACCGCACGUGCGUCCACAUCGUUGCCCCUCUUUGAUCCAACACUUUUCGGUGCGGUUCACUUUGCAGAAGUACCAGGACGCAAACUGAUGCUGCUCGCACAUCGUAGUUAUGCUGUUGUUCUUACUCAAAGCGACACACGACCGACGAAAUUCACAUUGCAGUGCUACGAUCUUGAAAAUCGAUUGCGGUGUCUGAGUCGAUCGCAGGAGAAUUGCUGCAGUAGUAACGUGGCAUGGGUACUUGCAGACACUACAGAUAUUCUCAUUAUAUCUCAAGAGUUGUCGCACCAGCAGCAGCAACAACAACAGCAACAACAUCGUGUGGUGAGACUUACAGAAGUGUCACUUCAAGCGCGACUCGAGCAGCUUUUCCACAAGGAGUGUUAUGAUGUGGCUAAGCGUCUCGCACGGCGACUGCACACAACGGAUGCAACCCAACAAAUGAUUAUUCAGAAAAAGUAUGGUGAUUACCUCGUAAGUAAAGGAAAGUUUGCAGAGGCAAUCGAUCAGUAUAUAGAGGCUAUUGGUUUUGUAGAACCUUCAUAUGUGAUUCGCAUAUUUGUAAAUGGGCAGCACACGGUGCACCUCACACGCUAUCUUGAAGAAUUACACCAUAAACGACACGGAAACAUUGCAAAUCGUAGUCAUACCACAUUACUAUUAAAUUGUUAUAUUAAAUUACACGAAGAGACAAAGUUGUUGGCAUUUAUUCAUCGUGAUGACAUUCACUUUGAUGCACAUAAUGCCAUUCGUGUCUGUCGACAAGCUGGUUAUUAUGACGCUGCCCUCUAUCUCGCUGAAAAGUAUGCACAACCACACGAUUAUGUCCUUAUCUUAUUGGAGAAUCUUCACAAUCCACAAAAGGCCCUAUCAUUUAUUCAGACACUCUGCGUUGAUGAUGCAGAGGCAAUACUCCGGCAACAGGGAAAAAGCAUCGCGGACGUGGAACCACGGCGCUGCACAGAGGUAUUAGUGGAGUUGUGUGUGCGGUGGAAAGGACCAGCACGUCGCUUAGCCGAUCAUACAUCUAUCACUCGCAGUGCUACUCAGCAGCAGCAACAACAACAACAACAAGAACAACAACGUCGACUGACACACAGAAGUGAAGCAAAAGACUUUAUGCAUGUAUUUGUUGACUCUCCUGUGUGUUUGUUAUAUUUUCUGCGUGCUGUAGUAGAGAGUGGUGUACUAGAUGAUGAGGGAGAUUCUCAAUAUGUAGUAUAUAAUACUCUUCUGGAAUUAUACAUGACAAAAGACCUUAAAAACUCUAUACGUCAACAUAUGGUCUCAAGUGAUACGGAAUUAUUUACUGUAGAAUCACAUGAACGUCGAUUAGAGCAGGCGCUGACUUUCCUUGAGACAUAUGCCGGCAAAUACGAUGAUUAUCAUGCACUUGCAUUGGCAGAGCAGCAUGGGUUUGAGGAUGGAGUGUUGUUGCUACUACGCCGUUUAGGACUCUCAUCUGAUAUUAUGCAGUAUUAUGCGAAAGGAUUGGAGGAGGGAUCUACACCGGCAAUUAGAAAGGCAGCUAAAGAAAAAUUAAUCGAAACUUGUCGUUCCUUAAUAAAGAGUGGCAAUAGUAAUAGCAACAAUAACAAUAAUAUACGGGAUGGUAGUGACAAUGGUAAAAGUGAUGAGUCAGCAAAAGAAUUGUGGAUGUCGCUUCUUUCGAUGCUUGUGCGUAGUCCUGAUACAGAGUGGCAGGAUUUGGUGCAGGUACUUGAUGUUUUGGAGCAACAACAGGAUUUAUUAUCACCUCUAUCCGUUGUAGCUAUUCUUCGCACAAAUCCACGAUUAGAUCUACGUACCGUACGUGAGUAUGUAUUACGUGUGAUGCGGAAAGACACGCAGCGAGCGGAGGCCUCCAUGCGUCUUGCGGAAACGCGUCUAAGAAAACUUCAGGAACUUCAGACGGAGAUUGAUGCAUUGCAAACCAAAGCUGUAGUAUUUCAAGCCCAUACGUGCAGUCACUGUCACUCGGCGUUAGAUCUACCAGUGGUUCACUUUAUGUGUCAACACUCUUUUCAUCAACGAUGUCUUAAUGAUGUUGUGGAGUGCAAUUUAUGUGCUCCAGCACAGCAGAGACUUAUUGCAGAGCAAAUGCAGGAACAGCAAGAAGCCAAACCUGAGGAAUUUUUUAAUCGUUUGGUUUCAGCAGGCGAUGCGGAUGGUUUCUCUGUAGUGGCAGAAGAAUUUAGUAAGUGUAUAUUUGCAGCGCCACAGUUACGUAGAGAGGCAACGCUGUUUUCGGGUGAUCCCAUGGUGUCUGAAUCCAGCGCAGCCGCACUGGGAGCAAGUGGUGGUAAUUAUGAUGGAAGUGACUUGUCAGGCGACGAAGAGGUGUACGAUGAGGACGGGGAACUCUUAAAACCAGAAGCUGUUGAGUUGUGGUAA